AUGCAUCAGCAGCUCUUGCUGCUGAGUUCGAUUGUCGCUACCCUCUUCUUCAACUCUGAAGCUAUUUCAACAGAUUUCCGUGCAUUUGGAAAUCUACCCAAUGAAUUCCUCCUUACUGAUGACACGCCUUCAGACCACUUGGUUGGCAAGGUGCAAGCCCCUUUAGGCAGUUCCAUCACAUUCCCACCUACCGGUAUUAUCAGCUCCCACCGGCAACCGUGGCACUUUCAAAUCUUUCGACCACACAAAUUUCCUGGACGGCUGUUCCGCAUAGACCCGGAGUCUGGUGAACUUUAUACAUUACAACCCAUCGACCACGAGGCCUUCUGCACUGAAGCCGAAGAGGAAGAAUGCACCUUGGCAUUUCAGGUUACAGCACAAUCCAAAAGCACUCCUAGUGUGCCUCACUUUAUCGAUGUCAAGGUUCUGAUUGUCGAUCGGAAUGAUCAUGUACCUGAAUUUCCCGAUCCAGGGUUUGUGAAUCUCUCAAUACCAGAGUCUACCGAGGUCGGCUCGCGAUUCCCUCUGCCUCUGGCACGAGACCCUGACACGCGGCAGUACUCUGUCAAUGCCUAUAUGGCCGAUCCAGAGAUCCCAAGUGAAUGGGCCCUCGUGACUGAAACCGCUAAUGGAGAGGAGAACUUUAUCUACUCUAAAUUAUCAUCCUCCACCUCACCUUCAAACAGAAUAACGGGUCUCUACCUCAAGCUGCAAAAACCAUUAGACCACGAGACAAAGAAGAAAUUUGCAUUUAAAAUCCGGGCUCUAGAUGGUUCGGAGAUGAAUGAAAUUACUCCGAUUAGCAACAAGAAGGAUAUUCUUCAAAUUUAUAUUUACGUUGAAGACGUCAAUGACAACGGACCUGUGUUUAGACCACAGAGAAAAUCCUACUCAUCAACUCCAACUAAAGCACAACUUGCUAAUUGGAUAGUGACAUACACGGCGACAGUGCCGGAGAGUAGAUGGAUAAAAGAUCCCAUCUUAAAGCUAGUUGCUGAUGAUAUGGACGGUCCUGCAAACUCCAAGGUCGGGUAUUACUUCGCAGCAGCUACCAGCAAACAAGUGCAAGAAUAUUUUAAUCUCAACCCCCUCAACGGCUACCUAUUCCUUCGAAAACCCCUGGACUAUGAGCUACAGUCUGAAUUUUCCUUCCGAGUUAUUGCGACCGAUAUGCCAGAAGAAAGCUCCCGCAGCGCCGUGGCGCAUAGUCAUCCCUUUCAGACCUCAUCGAACCUGCAUACGGCCACAGCACAGGUAGUGAUCACGGUAACAGACACUAAUGACGAGGCACCAGAGAUUGAGGUGGACUUCAUAUCCAGUGAGCCUAACACAUCACCACUAGCGAUUAAGUAUGCAGAGAUCGAGGAGAAUGCUUUGCCGCCGCAAUUUAUCGCAAGCAUCCAAGCAACUGACAGGGACGCUGGGUUAAGUGGUCAGGUGAGCUGUGUACAGCAACCGGUGAUGGUGCUGUGGCCCAAGCCGACAACAGCCAUGAACAUAACUUCUUCACCAUUCCAGUUGGACGAGAUUCGUCAGGAAAACGGACGCGUACAGUAUCGUUUGUUGACGAGAGAAGCACUAGAUCGAGAGGAUAUGGAAAGUGGUGGCGCCUAUCGUCAAGUUAAGAUAAUCUGCACCGAUAUGGGACGACCUCCAAGAACAUCUAGCACUUUCGUGAACAUACGAAUUCGUGACAAAAAUGACAACACUCCUACAAUAAAUUUAAAACCACUUGCAGAUCAAGUCUACGGUUUGAAGUCCCUGGAAGGAGAUAAAUGGCCGUUUGUUUAUGAAAAUGCUCCAGUUGGUAGCUUAGUUACACGUCUAAACGCUACUGAUUUGGAUGAGGGUGAGAAUGGCCGUCUCACUUUUAGUUUUAUAGCAGACGAACCACAAAGUGGAGCCAUUAGUCCUCUCAGCCUUUUCCAAGUCAACGAAAAGACAGGCGACAUUACGACCUCUAUGGAGAUAGACAGGGAGGCAUAUGAUCCACCUCUCUCAAGUGUUGUUUUGCAAGUAAAGGUUUCCGACAACGGUACACCUCCCAGGUUUACUACUCAAGAGAUCCGAGUCUACAUUCUUGAUGAGAACGAUAAUGACCCAGUUUUUCAAAGAACUGAUUACCAAUUUCAUGUGAUGGAGAACCUUCCCUCGGGCUACGCUGUAGGCGAGAUCUUAGUUACUGAUAAGGACGAAGGAGAGGUAAAGCUCAGUUUCGGAAUGCAAAGCUACGGUCCACUUCCAUUCACUAUUUCGCCCAGUCAACUUCAUGGUGAAAACGAUCACAAUGCGUAUUCGAUGACGCGGUUCAUUUUAAACACCACCAGACCUCUUGACAGAGAGGUGGAACAUAACUUCAAAUUCACUCUUCUUGCUACAGAUGGAUUUGGCGGACACAGUAGGUCAAGAUCAGGCACAGCUACAGCCACAAUUGAAAUCUUUGUUGAAAAUGAAAACGACAAUGACCCUGUAAUAAUAUUUCCACAAAAGCAAAAUAAAACCUUUUACCUUUCCUGGCGUGAGAAGAAGAACUUUGAGCUUCUUACAAUUAAUGCAAAUGACAAGGACCCCUCUGAGAACCCCCACAUCUUUGACCUCAUAAAGGGUCGGUUGGACGUUCAAAUGAUAAACUAUAGUAGCGAAAACGAAACAAAGAAAAUUGCUGAGAUAACUCAAAGUUCCGACUUUUUAGACAUCGAACCCACCACAGGAAUAGUAUUUCUAUCGCGUGACAUGAGAGAAGAGGACAAAGGGGUGCAUGUCUUCAAAGUGCAAGUCACUGACGCCGGUGUUCCUCCACGGUCCACCUCAAUAACUUUUUUUGUGCUAGUAGACGACUCUUCGCCCAGAUCACCGCUCCACGAAAGCAAUGCCCUAGUGACCAAACCUAGCAGUAAACCAACUGUAAAUGCUGAUCGUUCCCCAUUGAAGGAGUCAAGUACUAUCGUCGACAGUAAUCAGAUCAGCGACCGAAAACAUCCUCCUGCUGUUAGGAUAAAACAAAAGCCACGAAUUGCAGGUGAUUUGAUUGUUCUCCUUGCCUUGGGGUUAGUCUUUCUUCUCCUCAUUGCGACGCUGGGUCUUGUUGUCUACUUCCGGUACUGGAAGAAGCAAACUCGUUUGACUCAGACAAAUGGUAACCGAAGUUCAUUACUGUAUGCUAAUCAGGUAAAUCGUGGCGGAAGCACAUGUAUGAAAGAAAUCAGGGUUCCCACAACAAAACAAUACCAAUGGCUAUGCAAUGGUAAUGGAUCCAUAAUUGGAGUUCAUUCCCCAUCCCAGUUGUUAAAUGAUGGAGAUCAGUUUAAAAAUUCCUUCCAAACAGUUAUUUCUUCAUCGGAUAGCACCGGAAAUAUCUACUAUAAGGCAAAAGCGGAUACUCUAAGGUCGGGAAAAAGUGGAAGUGAAAGUGCAGCUGCUUAUUCUUCCCUUUCACCUGUUACUUCGGUAAUGCUAAAGCCCACCUUAGUGCCAGGUUGUGAAGGCUAUUUGCAUCCUGAGUCGCAACCUGCAUACUACGCACAAAACAUUCAUGUGUUGGGAGCUCAAUCUAAGGAGCGUUCAAUCCUCCUGCCGCAGAGGAAUACGAUGGACAGAAACACUUUUAAGAACAUUGCAGCUAUUAAACAACAGCUACAACAGCAGCAUCAGAAUGAAGUUCUAGUGAUUCCGCCGGUUUCCUGGGACUGUCAAUCAAGAAGCGACUCCUCACUAAAGCAGGAGGAGCUAAUAAUGAUACCACAGGCAGAGGAAGGAAGAAGCGAGGCAGAUGUGAGUCCACUCUGCUCUCCUUUUGCUUGA